GUGCGCUCCCACGCGCAUGCGGGAGGGGCGGCCGCCUGCCAGGUGGGAAAGCCGGGCUGCUACCAUGAGGUUAAAUCAGAACAUCUUGCUGCUGGGAAAGAAGGUGGUGCUGGUACCCUACACCCCAGAGCAUGUGCCUAGGUACCACGAGUGGAUGAAAUCAGAGGAGCUGCGGCGUUUGACAGCCUCCGAGCCGCUGACCCUGGAGCAGGAGUAUGUGAUGCAGCACAGCUGGCAGGAAGAUGCAGACAAGUGUACCUUCAUCGUGCUGGAUGCAGAGAAGUGGCAGGCCCAGCUAGGCACCAGCGAGGAAAGCUGCAUGGCGGGAGAUGUGAACCUCUUCCUCACGGAUCUAGGGGACCUCACCCUGGGGGAGAUUGAGGUCAUGAUUGCAGAGCCCAGCUGCAGGGGCCAGGGCUUGGGCACCGAAGCCGUCCUCAUGAUGAUGUCUUAUGGAGUGACCAAGCUAGGUCUGACCAAGUUUGAGGCUAAAAUUGGGCAAGGAAAUGAACCGAGCAUCCGGAUGUUCCGAAAGCUUCACUUUGAGCAGGUGUCUGUGAGCAGUGUCUUCCAGGAGGUGACGCUCAGACUGACGAUGAGUGAGCCGGAGCGGCAGUGGCUUCUCGAGCAGACCAGCCACGUGGAAGAGAAGCCCUACAGAGCUGGGGCGUCAGAGCCCCGCUGACAGCCGGCCUUGCGGACCAGCCACCCUGCGUGGAUGGGGGUGUGAGACCAGAGCCCUGCAGCAGGCACACAGGGGGGCCUAUGGGGCAGGCUGCGCUGGCCUUGCUGCGGCCUGGGACUCUCCUCUUGGGGCCCUUCGGACUCCGGGCUGGACUUGCCUCGGCCUCCCUCUGGCCGGCCUUGUGGCUGAGCCACUCCAGGGCCAGCCCCUCCUCCUGGCCAAAGCUGGACUCAGACUCUUGGAAUCUGGAGUGGACGGCAUGAGUCCACGGGAAGAGGCAGGGUGGAGGUGGAGACGAGGGGGCGCCUGGUGAAUGGGCAGGACCUCCCUUUCCACCGGAGGGCCAGAGGGGCCACCGAGGCUCUGCGGGAGUAAAGCGCACUGCACGCAGCUUGCCCUGUUCUCUCAUCGGGCCCGUGUGGAGGUGAGCUGCCAGGAGGGCCGGCCUGCGGCAUCUGGUCCGGCGUCGUAGGGACAGGGGAGGGGUAGCUCGGUCCUGUGUCAUCCAGCAGAAGCGGGUGGGUGUGACCCCGGGAGGUCUGGAAAUAAAUGAGCUCGGCCUUGAA